CGCCCGCGGCACCAUGUCCCGCCGCAAGAUCUCGUCAGAGUCCUUCAGCUCGCUGGGCUCGGACUGCCCGGAGACGAGCCCCGAGGAGGAGGGCGAGUGUCCCCUGUCCCGCCUCUGCUGGAACGGCAGCCGCAGCCCUCCCGGCCCCGCUGACAUCCCCUUCGCCGCCGCCGCCGCGGCCAGCGCCGGGGCGCGCCGCGCUCCGCGCCGCCGGCGGGUCAACCUGGACUCUCUGGGCGAGAGCAUCCGCCGGCUGACGGCCCCCGCGCCUCAGACCAUUCAGCAGACUCUUCAAAAGACACUGCAGUAUUUUGAGCAUCAAGUUAUUGGUUACAGAGAUGCAGAGAAGAAUUUUCACAAUAUAUCAAACAGAUGCUCCUACACAGACUGCUCUGGCAAUGAAGAAACUGAAGAUGUCUCAGGAAUUCUCCAGUGUACGGCUAAUGUGCUUGGUCUGAAGUUUGAGGAAAUGCAAGAAAAGUUUGGGGAGGAAUUCUUCAAUAUCUGCUUUGAGGAGAAUGAAAGAGUUCUUCGAGCUGUAGGUGGGACCCUUCAAGACUUCUUCAAUGGCUUUGAUGCUUUGCUGGAGCAUAUUAGAACUUCAUUUGGAAGACAGGCCACCCUGGAAUCUCCUUCUUUCCUAUGCAAAGAACUCCCUGAAGGCAAUCUCAUGCUUCAUUAUUUUCACCCACAUCAGAUUGUGGGAUUUGCAAUGACAGGAAUGAUAAAAGCAGCAGCAAAGAAGAUUUACCGCUUGGAAGUAGAAGUAGAACAGGUGACAAACGAUAAGUUGUGUUCAGAGGGGACAAACCCAGGUAACUGCAGUUAUUUGACUUUCCUUAUCAAAGAACAUGAAAAUGCAAAUACCCCAAAAGCACUUCCACCAGGAACUUCCCAGUCCCCCUUAGACCUGAGGAUUAGUAUCAGCACCUUCUGCAGAGCUUUCCCCUUUCACCUGAUGUUUGAUCCAAACAUGCUGGUUCUCCAGCUUGGAGAAGGUCUUAGGAAGCAGCUCAGAUGUGACACUCAUAAAACGCUGAAAUUCCAAGAGUGCUUUGACAUAGUCUCUCCUAAAAUCAGUGCCACAUUUGAACGAGUUCUCCUGAGGUUAUCUACACCCUUUGUCAUUCGGACCAAACUUGAGGAUUCUGAUUCUGAAAGUAAAGAUAAGGUGAUGGAGAUUAAAGGACAAAUGAUUCAUGUGCCAGAAUCAAACUCUAUAUUAUUUCUGGGUUCCCCCUGUGUGGACAAGCUGGAUGAGCUGAUGGGCCGAGGCCUCCAUCUUUCGGACAUCCCUAUCCAUGAUGCUACUCGUGAUGUCAUAUUGGUUGGGGAGCAAGCAAAGGCACAAGAUGGCUUGAAAAAACGAAUGGAUAAGCUGAAGGCAACGCUAGAAUGUACGCACCGAGCCCUGGAAGAGGAGAAAAAGAAGACAGUAGAUCUCCUUAUUUCUAUUUUCCCUGAAGAGGUGGCUCAGCAGCUGUGGCAGGGGCAGCAGGUUCAGGCCAGGAAGUUUGAUGAUGUCACCAUGCUCUUCUCGGACAUUGUUGGCUUCACUGCCAUCUGUGCUCAGUGCACACCCAUGCAGGUCAUCAGCAUGCUCAACGAGCUCUACACACGCUUCGACCACCAGUGUGGAUUCCUUGACAUCUACAAGGUGGAAACAAUAGGUGAUGCGUACUGUGUUGCAGCAGGGCUCCAUAAGAAAAGCCUUAGUCAUGCCAAAGCCAUUGCCCUGAUGGCACUGAAGAUGAUGGAGCUUUCAGAAGAGGUUCUUACUCCAGAUGGAAGCCCGAUUAAGAUGAGGAUAGGCAUUCACUCAGGUUCGGUGCUGGCCGGCGUCGUUGGUGUGAGAAUGCCGCGCUAUUGCCUCUUCGGGAACAACGUCACCCUUGCCAGCAAGUUCGAGUCAGGAAGUCACCCACGCCGCAUCAACGUCAGUCCCACCACCUACCAGCUUUUGAAAAAGGAAGAAAAUUUUAUUUUUAUCCCUCGUUCCCGUGAAGAGCUUCCAGAAAACUUUCCAAAGGAAAUUCCUGGGAUCUGUUACUUCCUGGAGGUCAGGAGUGGUCAGAAGCCGCCAAAACCUUCCAUCACAUCUGCCAGAGUGAGAAAGGUGUCUUACAACAUCGGCACCAUGUUCCUCCGGGAGACCAGCCUAUGAGGCCUGCUGCAGAUCAAAGACUUGUCCAAAAAGCACAAGCCCAGAACUGGGUCAUGACAGGGGAGUUGGAGGUUCUUUGUGUUCCACUGCCUUCUUCUGAGCAGGCAGUAAAAAGCUCCAUGUAAUGUCAGGCAAUAAUCAUUUUAAAAGGUGGGUAACUGCUGUCAGUAAACAAAGUGGAGAUAGGGAAAAAAUAUUAAACAAUGUACUUCCACUUCCAGAGGAAUUUCUUUCAUAAACUUCAGUCUGGCCCCUCUACGGCAAACAAAACAACGAAACAAAGCCCCAACUCUCAAAUUAGAGGUUGGUCUUGUUUUGUGCAGAAAGGAUGAUGGUUCUCUGUAGAUUUGCACCAGCUAAGCAGAAUUGAGAGUCAGUUCUGAUUAUGCAUUCCUGUAUUUAAUGUGUUCUUCAGUAAGGUAAUGAUGUUUUUUAACUUUAUGAACAAGCAUUUCAUACAUAUACUGUAGAGCUAUUGUAACCUUCCUGGCAGGAGGAAUUAUGACUCAAUACAAAUAUUGUAGGAAUUUUACCUAUUUUUAUACAUAUUUCACUUUCUGGAUAAUUACAUUCCACAUACUGUAAGCUGAGUGAGCUUAGAUAGCUUUUCAGAAGAAGUUACUGUAUAUUUCAUACAUUCUACCUAUCAAACCUUAUUGUUAUACAAGUGGGAAGAAGGCAUUUCUUGACUUUUUUGGCAACAAAAAAAAAAUCAAUAUUUACAGAAUAAAACCCCCACUUUGAUAAAUCACUUUAUCUGGUUUUUAUGCUAAAGCUUUUGAUGAGCACUGUCUUCUUAUAUAAAAUAACGUUCAGUAUUUGUCCUACAGUCUUGUAUCUCCAGUCCUUCCAGGACAGUGUAAACAAAGUGCAGAAGAUCAAUGUGUGGACAAACAGAAAAGUUCUCUUCAAUGGGACUUGUUUUCCCUCUAAAUUAUCGGCCAAACUGGUUUUCAGUAAAAGCCCUGAACUUCUCUAAAAAUUUAGUCUUGUGCAAACUUAUUCUGAGGAAUUCCAGCAGACACUGAAAGCUCUCUGGAUGCUGUUUUCCACAUUUUUUAAUAGGACUUGUGCUCCUAGUCCAGAUUGAUUGUUGAAAAUCAAUUCUAUUAAUAAUGAUUGCUCAUUUGGAAACUUCCUCUAUUGUUGGAUUGGCUGAAGGUCCCCUGCUUUAUCUAGUUAGGAUCAAAAAAGCACCAAAAAGGGAAAGGCAGUACUUUUCCAGGUUUAAUGCAAAUGGCAGUUCAAGAUUUUUGUUAGUCCAAGACAAUUAAAAAAAAAAAAAAAACCCAAAACAAAAAUAAACAAACAAAAAAUUUUAAAAGGGCCAAUUCUUUGCUGUUGAAAAGUAAUAGAGUAUUGUUGUUUUCAGUUAAUCCAGUUCAAGCAAGAUGCGUAUCUGGAACAUUUUCAGGCAUUGUUUAUUUCUCAGGUUUUCUUUUUCACAAAUAGUGGUGGUCAGUUUUCCUGUGGGGGUGUGCUGCCUUUGGAUCAUGCUGGGAUGGGUGAUGCUGUGAGCUUGCAGACUGUUAGUUAAAAUCUGUGCCAUGAUUUCAAAGUGGCUUAGCUCACGUGGGCCUUUAAUCACUUCAAUCAGAGAUAAGACUCAGCAGCAACUAGGAGGCAUGAGAUACUCUGCAUUCUGCUAAUUCAGAACAGAAAUUAAUUUGCUUAUGGAUUUAGUAGUCACAACAUGAGGCACCUCUUGAAAAUAGGAAAAUAACUUUCACCACAUUUCAAGAUUAUCCAGCUGGUUCUUUCUGUGAAGGGAAUGACAGUUCUCUGUUUCUCCCCUUUGACCAGUAGCCCCUGAGAGCCAGCAUGGCACUGCUAGCCUGUGCUGAGAAUGUUUCAGGAUUCCUUUCCAUGAAGCCUUUCUGGGUGAGAAAGGACUGUCUUGAACCUUUACCAACUUCAGCAGGCAGAUGUUGUCUGCACUUAUCAUGCAGGGGUGAGUUCUUCCUUGCCUGAGGAGGGUAGGUGCAUGGGAAUUAGCCCAGAAACCUAUUUUAAUGCAAAUCCCCUCACUUUAUAGUGGGAUACUGAUGUUCAAGAUUUCUUCCAUUGGUAUUAGAGCAUUCUUGAGAUUAGAGGAGUUAUUUUCUAUCUGCCUUGAUAAACAGCAUAUGGACUUCUGUGGCCUGUCUGAAAAAUUACUAAAAAAAAAUCUGUUCAAGCUUGAGAUUGUGAAAUUCCCAUCCAAAUUACAGAUCUGAGAAUUUCCUGCACAGGAUGAGAAGCUUUAGCCUACAGCCAUUAGUUUGCACAUAGACAGGAUGCAGCAUGCAUUUUUUUACCCUGGGAACACCAGUGAGAUGUGUAAGAAUCAUAAAUGGAUCAAAGUUCAUGUUUCACCACUGAAAGAGGAAUUCCACUUCCCAGCUAAUAAAUCCAUAGUUCUGAUGGCAUUACUUAGUUCCCUAGAGUGAAUUUUUUUCAAAUAGCCAUUAGUAGAUUUAGAUUUAAGUCUAACUUCUCUGGCACAUCUUCAUUGUUCAGUAGCUGCUGAUGUCAGAGUCUCAAUCUAUCUGGCCAAGCCCUUUUUCUCUUGUCACCACCCACAGUCCUAUGUGAAGAGUACAAAUUUAGAAGUUUAGACCAAAAGCUUGUAGUUCAAUAUCUUGUCUCUUACAGUUGCCAAUAAGAAAUGUCUAAGUUAAUUCUGCACCAGAUCUUGAUCAAUGGAAACAUUUUCAUAAUGAAUGAUGGAUAAAUGCUAGUUUUACUGGCAAAUGGGAGAAGCAACCAAAACCAGUUUGUAUCACCAUCCUCAUCGUCUCAGAGACUUUUUGAUGUAUAAGGAGAUUUAAAACCAGAGAGAUCUGUAUGAGAACUGAAAAUUGGUAUCACCAUGAAUACAUUGAUAAUGUUUGCAAAUAAAUAAUCUAGCUCCCCAAAUCAGAGUACACUGAUUGUAUAAAAAUAUGCAGUCUUUGUUUUUCAUAAGCUUAUGUGAAGGGAACAUAUCUAGAACUGCAGUGCAGAUAGAUACUGCUGGGUAUUAUGUUAUUUGUGUUAUGGUGAGGGAUGUUAAUGAAAAAAGUGUGGGCUCUCUGGGGACAUUUUACUGUGUCAGUGUGAGGAAAGUGUAAAACAAAUUCUCAGCACUUUCUAAAUUAGUAGUUGCAUCUGCUGCCUUUCAUGUUAGGUUGCAAGCUUAUUUUGUUGGACACCUUUACAAAGUUAAAUGGAACUUAUUAUCAAGAUUGAUGUUGUCAUGUCAAUUAGGUGGUAGUCAGGCUCGACAUUUCUCCAACAACACUUACUUUUAGUGAUAGGGAAAAGGUUCUCAUUUUCCUGGUGUUGUCUUCAUAAAUAGAAAUGUUCUCAGAAUUUUGUACCUUGAGAUGAUGAGGUGAAGAGGUUUGAGGUGCUGAAAUGGUUACAGAAAUCAUAUAGUCUAGUUGGAAUUUUCUUUCAACUUUUUACUUCCUGUAAAACAGAUGAUCUUUGGUUCCUCUGGGUAAGAAUUUACAUUCUUGUGUUUUCUUCACGUAGCUGCAACAAGCCACAUCUGCUGUCUUGAGUUUCUGUGCAGAACAAAUCCACCCUCUCUGAAGAGAGAGGGAGGAGAUCUAUUUUGUAUUGCAUGUACAAGGCACAGGGAAGGUGAUGUGAGGACCCCCCUAGCUGGGUUCAUCAAUCUCCUUGGGACCAGUUUCUUGUACAAAAAUCAGGAGGCCAAAGUAAAGAGACUCCACAGCCAUUUCCCCUGCUUUUUACAGAUCUUGUGUCAGAUUUUUCCAUCUGUUUGAAGCUCCCCAUCACACAGGCUUUUCUGUGAUGCAGUUCCUAGAGAUCAUGAACUGAGAGCAAAAAGGAAAUAGUGAUGAAGUGCUAGGGUGGUGGAUAAAUUUUGUUCUGCAUCCCUCUGGUAAAAUUUGCCAUUCAAAGACAAAAGCCUCUGCAUGGGAGAAUUGCUACUAAGCCAGGACACUCAAAGUGUGGUUUUCUUGCAGGAUCCCAAAGGAUGUUUCAUUUUUAAUUCCAGAGAGCCAAUAGUCAUUAGCUGUGAUUGUGGUUUUGGCUUCUCUGCUCAUUCCCACAUUCAGUUUCAGAUCUGAGUCUGUUUUGAAGCCUGGAAACACGCCUCUGCAAACAGAAAACCAAAGCUCUUAAAACUUGGAAAUCUUGUAUGGGAAUUGCCUGUUUUGAAGAAAUGCUUGUGAUUGAGUCAUUAGCAGUCCAUGGCAGUUCAUGUGUGUGCACAUGCCAUUUCACAGUGCUAUCUCCUCUUACAGUGUUCCCUACCAAGCCCAACAGCAGGAUGGGGCAUGUUUAACAUCCAUCUUCCAUUUUUUUCCUGUAUGAAGCAAGCAAAACCAUGACAUGCUGCAUGCAUUUAAAAGUAUCAGCACUGCACUAAGAUGUAAACUCUGAUAACCAGUUUCACAUUGUAUAUUUCUUGCUGUGAAUACAUCCUUCUCUCAGGCAAUUUAAAAAUUAAUGGAAAAAAAAUAGCACCCAAAACUGCUGUGUUGCAUUGCAAAUGAGUCUGAGACCUGCACUGGUUGUUGGGGUAAGCUGAAUUGCUGGACAACUUUCUGAUUCUUGAGCUGCCACAAGCUGUCACAUGCACAUGCUUCAUGCAGACAAUCCUGUCAUGGAAUCUGUAAUCCAGCAGCAGGGACACCUACUGAGUUUUCCUCUUCUAGUCUGAGGGCACUGCCUCACCUCUGCUGAGUGCACAGAGCUCACUGAGGAGAGCUAGUUCCCUGUCCUAAUGCAGUCUCAGAGCUCCUGGCUUCCUUUCUGGAUUCUGGCGAUCUUCUGCAAAAUUGUGCAUGUGUAGUAUUGGAAAUAGCAGCGUGCUUAAAUUAGCGACAAAACAAGAAGCUAAAAAAAGCUUGUCAAACUCAGAGACAGUUGGUUCCUUUCCCUUGAGGUAAUACAUUAUUCAUAAUGCUGUACAGGAUUGAGGGUGCCAGUGACAGGAGAGGCUAUGGAUGAAUUGAAGAUGCUGAGUGUGCAGUAGACUCAACAAGUAGGAGUGGAUCGGCUUCUGCUACUGUUAACAAUUCCAUCAUCUUGCAUGCUAUGUCCUGCUUUUGUCAGGGUUCUGCUCUCCAAAAGAUUUCCACUUACCUUCCCUUAGCUCGCUGUAUGUGACAUCGUGAAUAAUCCCUAUUGUUGUUCUAAUUAGCUGCUUACAUCUAAAGAAUAACUGGGGUUAAAGGGCUGAUCUUACUCUUCUUGCAGCAAAGACAAAACUGCUACGGUGGCACAGCAGGCACUCACAUCCUCAGAGAGGGAAAAGACUGCAGUGCAAGUUUCCACUGGUGGAUUUGGAUGAAGUCAUUGCAUGAACAGCCCGUGGCAUGUUUUUUAGUUUUCACAAGCACCAAAUUUAUCUGUGCAGAUAGGAGUUACUCCUUAACGACGUUAUUCAUUUGCAAUGCAUGAGCAGGCUUACAACAAAAAUCUGUGAAGUGUUUAACCUCAUAUGCAUGAUUGAUCUUUUGUGGCUUGGCUGUUAAUCCUGCUUGAAAGCAAGAGAGAUAGGAAUGCAGCAGUUCAGUCACAGGCAACAGAUCAUUCACCUCUGCAGAUGCUAACUUGCUCCUGUGGCUUAGAGAGGUUGACCUCCAGUUCUCUGUGGUCCAGGUUAGUGUCACUGUGUCACCAGAGCAACGAAAUGGCCUCUGAAAACAGCUUGAGGCAUCUCAGACUGCUUCCCUCUGGGCUGGGGUUCGCAUUAGAGAGCCCAAUACACCAUGUGAUGCAAAGUGGCAACUUUGUUGGCAGCCUUAACAAAAGGAUCAGUGGAGGCAGAUGUUAAACCAGCUGUUUGCUCCGGGGAUUUUAGUUUCCAAAGGCAGACUGAGGCUGAACGUGUUUUAAUUCGGACAAAAAGAAAAGAGAGGAUUUCAGAGAAAAAAGUGUCUUGGCUAGCAAGGAGGCAGUGCAAUUAACAUUAAUCAAGAGGGACAUGCUUUUUACCUUGGCUGCAGCAGUGCCUUCUGCUGUCUGUCCCUCUUUGGCAUUCCAACAAUCAAAAUUUCUUUUGAAAACUGCAGGAGGGGGUAAGCACUUCAGGCACUUGUCCUUUCUGCUUUAGAAAGAGUAUGAGGCUGCCUAAAUCCUUGAGUGUGCUUAACUUUCUCGGUGACCACAGACAGCAAACCUAGACUAGACAUCUGUUUUUUUAGAUGGCCAAGAUAAGGGAGACUGAUCCCUCUGAGUGACAUUCUUUUCAGCCCAAGUGCGGUGUCUCUGAUCUUCUGUUGUGCUGCUUUUCAGCAUCUUGCACUGGCCAGAAUAAAUUGAAUCCAACCAAGUGUCAGAGGGAUAGAUAAGCAUAUUCCAAGAUAAGUGAAGUGUUACCCCUGUAGCCAUGGUGACUGCUGCAAACAUGGGCUACUGUGGUUCUGCAGAUCCCUCCUAGGCUGAAGACCCUGCAAGGGUCUGAACCCUUUGCAUGUGGUAUCAGCACUGCCAGUGACAAGUGGGAUGCCAUUAGGAGUGUGAUUUAUGAAAGGUUUUGAGCUUUGAGCCCCUAGCCCAGUUAUACAAAACCUGUGUGCCACAUUCACCUGAACUGUGUGCCAGAAUGCCUUCAUAAACCUGAUCCUGUAGUCUAGAUGGUAAUAACACAUAGAAAAUAGAUUCCAAAGAACAGAGAGAUGGCUGCCAGGCUAUCAUUAACACACGUUUUGUGGUUUUGUGAAUUUGCUGGACCAAAAUUAACUUUCUAUUAGCAGAAGGUGUCACACUGAGCUUCUUGUUUUCUAGAUAAUUAUUCCUUAGCAAUACUCUCUAAUGACUACUCUUGAAGCAAUAAAUAAAGCCAUGCUAAUCUCUUCUGUGUAGGCUCCUGUACAACACCUAUCACCUUAACAAACCACUUUUCAGCAGGACAUUAAAUAGCAGAAUAACACCCUGACAUGUACUGUUUGUCUUUCCAUCCUCUUCCUCAGAGAAGAAGAGCAUGUAAUGAAAUCAUAUGAUUUUUUGAGGUGGUGUUUUUUUCUUAGUUUUCUAAAAGUAUAUGUUGCUAGUCACUUAAAUACGUAAGAGCAAAAUCAGAACUAUGGACCAGAAUUAGAAAAGAGUUUUGGAUGUAAAAAGUAUUUUAAAGACUGUCCACUAAAUAAGACUGGUCUCAGAUUCUAGAAACAACAGCAUGGGUAAUAGAUGUAAGAUAUACCCAGGAAUGACAAAUAGGAGUAAUAAACCAGGCAGGUAUAUACAAUGGAUUAUUUCUGUUUUAUACACAACAGUAAAUAGAUGCUUAAACUGAUUAAUACCCACAGAGGGCAAAUACUGUUUAAUCCAUUUUGGCAUUUUUUUUAUUACCAGUACAUCCCUGAGGUAUUUUUUUUCCUUCCCUAAUGUGAUUGGAACAUACUGUUAAAUCAAUAUCAGAGUUUCUGAACUUACUGCAAAAGAACAAGCUUAGGAAUAAAUAGCUAUCAAGGAGAGAUUUUUUUAGAUGUGAGCCAUUGCAUGAGAGAACAGAACAUAUGGAAAAGAGAAAGGAGGUACUGACAGGUAUAUUUAUUUUAGAAGUUUCUAUGGCACUUCUGGUUGAUUGAAAUAAUUCUGAAACUGUACUUUAAAAGCAUGGCUUCUCAGUUCAAAUUAUUUGCAUUUCCUAAGAAGAAGCAGGUAAUUUUUAAAUUGACAUUAAGGGUCAUACUUCUUAAUCCCAUUUUCUCUGCUUAAGCACAACCUCUUUCUGAAAGCUGAAUCUUUGCUGAGUGAUCCUGAGGUUCCAGAUACCUAAAUAAGAUUUGGAAAUGUGGGUUAGAAAUCCCCCCUCUAAAUUAAGUCCCAUGUGCUUGUCAGUGUUUAAGUGUAUAAACACUGUAGGAAACUUCUUGUAGGUCCUGCAAGUGUAUAAAUAAGAAGCAUCUGAAGAAAGUGAAGUCUGUGUGUAGGAGAGGGCAGUUGUACAUAGAUAUGGUGCUGAUGUUAGUUUUCAUCUAUUUGGAAGCUGGAUGACACAGAAAUUAUUCACACAAAGUGCAAGAAAAUAUUGCACAUAGUGUCAUGAACUCUGAGGGUGUAAGAUUGAGUUUUAGAGUCUGUAAUCCUUAAAGUUUUAGUGGAAUUGCAUGAGAAAUGCAUGAUUUUUGAGUUUUUUAUUUUAAGUAAGAGUUGAAUCUCUACUUAUGGAGAAAAAUUGUGAGGGAAAAAGAGAAUCUAGAACGUCUAAAUCCUGGAGGUAGGGAUAAUAAUUCCUCCAUGAGUUUCAAUACUGAAUGCCACACUCGAUGUGAAAUAGGGCAAGUGAGGUACUUUGCCAACUGGAAAUUUGGAGGUGGUAGUAAGAAUGUCUUUUAAAAAGUAUAUAGGGAUAAAUGUUAGCACUUUAUAAAAAAAUGGAGACUGCUUUGUUCUGUAAGUAAAUAUUGUUUAGAAAUACCUAAACAGAAAGAAAGCUUGGAAUAUUGUUGUAUCAUAAUAAAAAGGUACAAAGUCUGUGAGAUAAUCUGCAGUUGACACCCUUUCUUUCAGAAACAGGAAUAUAUGGAAUUUUCAAAUGCACAUUCAACCAAGAGUUGUCUUCAGUAAAUUUCCAAGAAUGUGGUAUUUUACCCAGUAGCAGAAAUGUCAUGCAGACCAUGGUGGGUAAGGCCAAAAUUUAACUCAGUUGUUUAGAGCUUAGUAAGAGAUACAGAGCAUCCCAAAGCCAAGCUUUAAAUAUGCUCACUGUCAGGACAGCAUUGUGCCUUUUACUGAAGUCUCAACAAAACCCAUUCUAGACAAAACUCCCAUCCUAAUACAUGACAUUUAUACUGUCUUGCUGAAAAUUAGGACCUCUCUAAGUUGCAGACAUUAAUGUCUUUGAUGCUAGAAUAUUCCUUAUUAUUCUUAGUCUCACUGUGUCCAAGUUGCACUGGGGUCCUCUAGAGAACCAAGGAUUUGGGGAGUUGCUGUAAAUAUGAGUGGAACUCAGCUGAUCUGCAUUUAGGUAUCUAAAACUUAUGUCUGGUCUGAGCUAGUCAGGUCAGUUCCCUCUGCAGUCAGUGCAGACAUCCUGGCAUUUCAAAGAUGGAGCAGUUCUGGAGAAAGUCUUAGGGAUGAGAUAAGCCACUGCCUUAGCUGUUCUCUUCUCUUCCCUCCCCAGUGACCUCUGGUUCAGAUUAGCUGCUGUGCUGCAGGUGAGAUAAAUUCCACUGCUGUUAAGAAUGAGAAGAUGUAAAAAAUAGAUCAAAUGCAUAUGGACACACAGACACUGGGGCAAGGGCCAGGCUUUAGCCAGAAAUA